AUGUGUUUAUUGUAAACCAUGCUCAAGUUGUUGACAAGAGAGAGGGCGGCGGAAGUCGGCCAUUUACAAAGACCACUUAUGACACUGAUGUUUUGUUGUGGCUUUUCGAGUGACAGAAAAUAAUGGUUAGUUGUUCGUCUUGUGGUUGUAGUAAAUCGGCAAAAAAUAAAAGUUUGGGAAUUACAUUUCACGUCUUUCCGAAAGAUGUACAAAUAAGAAAAGCUUGGAUCGAAUUUGUAAACAAGGAAGGAUGGGUACCCAUAGGCAUAAGUUAUUUAUGUUCUCAACAUUUUGGUGAACAACAAUUUGAUCGAACAUCCAUGCUCAAAGUGAGAUUGCAACCAAAUGCUGUUCCUACCGUGGAAGUUACACGAUUAAAAUAUGAAAGGUCUCUUAAUUCUAUUCACACAGUAGUAAAAGUAGAAAAAGAAAAUGCCGUGCUUGUCACGCCUGGCCCUUCGAGAGAAGAGAAGUUUCCUACAUCGGUACUAGCAACUCCAGUUUGCUCUCAACAGUUGCAAGAAGAUACUCCUCGUAAUAGAGCGUUGAAAAGGAAGAUAUCUGAAUUACAAAGAAGGGAAGUUUUAAAAAACCAAAAAGUUCGAAAACUGCAAAAAAUAAUAUGGCGACAAAAGAGACGUAUUUCAGUUUUAAGCACAAUGCUAGCUGAAUUCAAAAAGAAAACUAUAAUCUUGGAAGAACACGAAACUGUUGAAGAUAUUAUUCAAAGGCUCUUUCAAAAAACUAGUAGAUAGUCUACAAGUAAAAAGCAAUCAUGAGAGCGUUUGCUGUAACGACUGUAGGUAAUCAAAAACUGAGUUUAGUUACUUAGGUUACUGAAAGACUUUGGAGUGCUUAUAACUAAUAUUACUUUUGAUAGAGCUACUACUAACUAGCAUAAAGUGCAACUUAUUAAACUGCUAAUAUAAUGA